GCAAACUGGCUGGUGUAGGCUUUCAACCUGAACAUCCACAAAUUGCCACAAGCAAUUUGCCAGCUGAUGCUUCCACCCUCAGUUAAAUCAUAGUAACGUUGCUGAGGUGAAAUGUGCCUUUCUUUCUCAGCCGAUCUUUGAUGUUCAACGGUGGGUUUCUAAACAAAAGCAGAAAGAAAAUCUUUCGGAUUUUGAAUGCUCAGAUUCCAGAACAGAAAUCUGACUCUGUAUUACAGCAUACCCCUUUUCUGGAGUUAAGCCUGAGGUAAUGUUCUGCUAGUUUGUUUUGUUUUGCCAUUGAGUGUGAGCAAUGUGAACCUCUUUUGAACUGAACUCUGAUGAUGACAGGAGCCAGGUCCUGCACAUUUUGGAUCUUGACUGGUGCUGCACUGUACUUAAUAAUACCCAGUCACUCUAAUUUCUAUACCUUUCUUUUCCACUGACAUCAGAAAGUGAUUUAAAUAUGCAGACUAAGAUCACAAUGACUUGUGUCUUUUUUCAUAAUUUGAUGUGACACAUUUGAUUUAAGUACCACAGCAUAGCCAGCAGAUGUCAGUAGAGUCCUGGAAUUAUGGUGAAAAUUGAGAUUUAAAACUUUAUUAGUCUUAUUGAAGUUGGUCAAACUGACAGAUGUUGCUGAGUAGAUGUAGAAUCUGUUGAAUUUGCAGCUCAGAUUAUGAAGUUGGCAGUCAGAGGAAAGCAAUUAUCAGUUUCAGAGCUGAGAAAGGAAGAAUAAUGGUUAAAAACAAAUGACUAGAAAACCUGAAUCAAAAUGUAUGACAAGAUAAAACAGAUAUUCUUACAAAACAAUAUCCUCAUGAGAAAUGUAGAUAAACACCAGUGUUACCAACUACACCACUGAUAGAAAACGUUGAAUGGAACAUAAAUUGCACUUGACAACACUGUUUUGUAUAAAGUGAAUUCAAUUGAAACAGAAUAUAAUAAUCAGCAACAAAAGUACCAAAUAAUAAAAAUCUAACUGAAAUCAGUCUGCUAUGAGGCUCCACAUUGCUUUGUUGGGACUGUAUGCACACAUAAACUUCAGGUUUCAGAGCAUUCAGACUGAGAAUCAAGCACAAAAUCAAAGCUGUGAAGCCUCAGGAGAAAUCAGAGAGAGCAGCAGCAGAUCCUGAUUUGUUCACGCUGUUCAAAGCACACUUCUUACAUUUCUGUCAGCUCACAUCCCCCUCUCCCAUCAACUCCUGCUGAUAACACAGUGAACUCUGGAUUUAGUCCAUAAUUAACGUUGUACUCUCUAAAACGAGCUCGGACUUCUUCUUCAUGUGCCCGAUUAGCUUUCCAAUCAUCAAAAUGUUUUAUACAAAAUAAAAGGUCUGGUUAUGAAAAAGUCUUACAAAAACAGGCCUGCCUCUGUUAUUCUCAACCUGAAGGUUGUGCUUUCAUAUACUGAGGUAAAUUCACUUACACAGAUUCAUGUGUCUUUAUGUAUGGAGCUAAAGUUGUAUCAAUAUUCACAAAUACACAGAAGGAUUGACAUGCACAGAACAAGAUUCAUGUUUUUAUUUUUGAUGCAAACACAAAUAUAUCUUGAAUUACAAGCUGCUUCUGGCCUGUGGGCUUCGCUGAAUUUAUGUGUGAAUUUUGAGACUCCCCUAACAUGGCUCAAUCCACAAAUGUAUUUUUAACAGGGAAUGAUCAGACAGCAACCAAUCAGAUAUCUUCCUUGUUUCAGUCAAUUAUAUGAAUGGACCCCACAUUGUGGUAACUGAUGGAUAAGCCAAUCACAUUAACCCGUUCCAACAGCACUGCAGCCAUGUUGAAGUACAAUUUAGGAUUGGUUUCUGGCAGCGACAGAAGAGUGGUAAGUCAAAUAUUUAUCUUAACAUAUUUAACUAAUUGUCCUCUUGUUAUGAUUAUUACUGAUAAUCAAUUUAAUUAACAUUAAUAAUGGGGGCAACUGGCUCUGUCAGUAGCAGUGCAGUUGCUGUGCCACAUUGUGAUGCAGAUGCAGAGAACACUCUCCACCACACAGCAAUAGAAGCUCCUCAGGACUUAACACCAAAGUCCAGCUUUCCACAGCUCCUGAGGAAGUAGAGACACUGGUGGGCUAUCCUGACCAGAUGGGAGGUGUUGCCACUCCAGACAAUGUCCUGCUAAAUCCCUCUGGCUGUAUGGAAGGAGAAGCUCUCUCACCUCUAGAUGUCAUCCAAAGCAUCAGCAGCAUGUGAGCUACAAGUAGGUCUUCUCCCAGCACCUGGAGAUGAGGUGUUAUCAUGGCGAUGAGAGGAGAGACGAGAGUGGAGGCGGAGGCRGAGGAGGAGGAGAACWWCGGCCCACAGCCUCUCUCCAGACUGGAGCACUGUGGGAUUAGUGCGAGCGACAUCAAGAAGCUGGAGGAUGCAGGGUUCCACACCAUAGAAGCAGUGGCCUAUGCACCCAAGAAAGAGCUGCUCAACAUCAAGGGCAUCAGUGAAGCCAAAGCAGACAAAGUUUUAGCAGAAGCAGCCAAGCUGGUGCCGAUGGGCUUCACUACCGCUACCGAGUUCCACCAAAGGAGAGCAGAGAUCAUCCAGAUCUCCACUGGCUCCAAGGAGCUGGACAAAUUACUGCAGGGUGGGAUCGAGACGGGUUCCAUCACAGAAAUGUUUGGAGAGUUUCGGACCGGGAAGACCCAGCUGUGCCACACGCUGGCCGUUACCUGUCAGCUGCCAAUUGAUCAGGGAGGUGGAGAAGGGAAAGCAAUGUACAUCGACACAGAAGGAACCUUCAGACCUGAGAGACUGCUGGCUGUAGCUGACAGGUAUGGGCUAGUGGGCAGCGACGUGUUGGACAACGUGGCCUACGCUCGAGCCUUCAACACAGACCACCAGACUCAGCUGCUGUAUCAAGCCUCUGCCAUGAUGGCCGAGUCCAGGUAUGCCCUGCUUAUCGUGGACAGCGCCACCGCGCUGUACAGGACAGACUAUUCAGGCAGAGGGGAGCUGUCGGCCAGGCAGGGGCAUCUGGGGCGGUUCCUCCGCAUGCUGCUCCGGUUAGCAGAUGAGUUUGGGGUUGCCGUGGUAAUAACCAACCAAGUGGUGGCGCAGGUCGACGGGGCAGCCAUGUUUUCAGCAGAUCCUAAGAAACCAAUUGGUGGCAACAUUUUGGCACAUGCUUCCACCACAAGGCUGUACCUGAGGAAGGGCCGAGGAGAAACCAGGAUCUGUAAAAUCUACGACUCCCCCUGCCUGCCGGAGGCUGAAGCCAUGUUUGCAAUCAAUGCAGAUGGCGUUGGAGAUGCCAAGGACUGAGCAGCCCUUUGCCAGCAGGGGGCUGUAGUGAGCUUAGGAAGAGUUUCUCAUGGUUGGUUGACUGUUCAUCACAGUCAAAAAAUGUCUCCUGCCUGGACAUCAGGUCAUAUUAGAUCUAAACAUUCUUCAGUUACAUGAUGAGUAUCAGCAACUAGACCUUCAUGGAGUACUGACAAUAUAACCUGGAAAACCUGAACAAAUGACUUCUAAUGGACAAUAUUUGUCUGGAGAUUCUGAUGAGGCUUGUGUGUCUAAGUUUAGCCUAAAGGAAACAGAAAUUUUAUUUAAAGUGUUUUGUCCUUAAGCUGUUCUGUCCGUAUUCCCUCCAUAACUAAAUUUCUGAAUUCUUUGAGCAGUGUGUUAGGGGAUCCUUUAAUAAACUGGCACCUCAUUCAGAA